CUUUAGUUAUGAAAAUGAAAUGCCUUAUAUAUAUAUAUAUGGGGGCUAAAAUCUAAAUUCCUAAUCAUUCCCCUUCUUAUCUGACUCCUAAAUUCUUGAAUUUUUCAUAAACUUUCUAUAUAUUAAUCACAAUGGAUUUCUUGAAUGCCCAAACUAGGAAGAACCAUCUAAAAUGCCACAAGAAAAGGCUCACCCAAGAUCAAGUGAGGCUCUUGGAGAUCAGCUUCAACUCCAACAACAAGCUCGAUUCUGAUAGAAAAUCCCAACUUGCCCAGGAACUGGGGUUGCCACCUAGACAAGUUGCAAUAUGGUAUCAGAACAAGCGAGCACGUUGGAAAAGCCAAAGCCUCGAGGUUGACUACAAGGCCAUGCAACAAAGACUAGAUAGUGCUCUAGAAGAUAAUGAGAAGUUGAAAUUGGAAGUUGAGAGGCUUCGAAAGGAACUAAAAAAAACUCAAGAAAUGUUGUUGGGGUUCAACACCACAACUAAUAAUUAUUCAUCAAUUUCAAGCUCUUGUGAUGAAGUUGGGAGUUCAUGUUUGCAGCUUCAUGAUCAAUCUAAACAUAAUCAUCUUGAUAAGGAGCUUUAUGCUUGUUUAAUCGGUGAUGAAGGCCACUUUGGGACACCCGAUGGGCAUAAUUUCUUUGGUUAAUCUAUGUCUCGACUCUUGACCAUGAUUAAUUAAGCUACAUAUGUAUAUGGUAACUAAUUAAGUUGAGCCUCCAAAAAGGAAGAUGUUUACGUGUAAGGUUUUUCUUCUUAUUAUUAAUAUUUUAAUAAGCU